AUGCAAGACCUACUCAUUCUCAUCUUGAGCUUGAUGCUCCUCCUCGUCGCCAUGGCCGUCCGGCGGCAUGGGCAUGCAUCGAGCAAGGCGGUCUACACGCGCCUCGCCACCAGCGUCAAGUCGACUUUCGCGGGCUGGCUCCGGCAGCCAGCCAUCGUCAUCAGGGACCGCGCGACAGCGCACCGCCUUCUCGUCCGUGGCUGCGUCGGCGGCUCCUUCUCCAACCGCCCGCCAUCCAUGGCGCCAAGCGCCGUCCUCUCGCACCGCCGCUACCACAACCUAACAUCGGCUCCAUACGGCCCGUUCUGGCGCGUCACGCGCCGCAACCUCACCUCGGAGGUUCUCCACCCACUGCGCCUCCACCGCUACGCCGCCGCCCGCCGCGACGCGCUCUGCGAUCUCUUCGCGGACCUCAAAAAUCAGUGCACGUCCAGCCCCGACGGCCUAGUCCUCGCGGCGGAGAGCAUCCGCACCGCCAUGUUCGGCCUGCUCACGACCAUGUGCUUCGGCGACGGCGUCGACGCGGACCUCAUCCGCGCGAUGGCCGACGCCCAGCACGACCUCGUCCAGUUCUUCCCUGAGCUGCGCGUCUUCGCGAAGUUGCCGGCGGCGGCUAGGUUGAUCCACCGCCAACGGUGGAGCAAGCUAGUGGCGCUGCGGCGGAAGCAGGAGGAGAUGUACCUCCCGCUCAUCCACGCCCGCCGCAGCCGGCAACGCAAAUCUGGCGAAACGCCGGCGUAUGUGGACACGCUCAUUGACCUCCGGGUCCCGGACGACCACAACAAACGCAGGAGGCCGCGUAGGCUCACCGACGGCGAGCUCGUGGGCAUGUGCUCCGAGUUCCUUGGUGCAGGAACUGAAACUGUGGCCGCGGCGCUGCAGUGGAUCAUGGCGAACCUGGUGAAGCGCCCACACAUGCAAGAGGCUGUCCGUAGGGAGAUCAACGCUGCUGUUGACGAGGACGCCGAGGAGGUGGGCGAGGAGGUUCUUGGAAGCUAG